AUGCUUGCUGAAAAUCAGAUGAUUAUUGGUGAUCGCCAUAUCGGUUUCCUUGGUUCAGGCAUGAUGGCCCAAGGUAUCUGCAAGGGACUUCUCAGAACCGGUCUCGUCAAUGGGACCCAGGUUACUCUUUCUGACAAAGUUGUUCAAGGACAACCUAUGUAUGCAAAUAUCGAAGAAAUCAUUAAACAAUAUGGAGUAGAAUACACUACUGAUAACGUUUUGAUGGCUACCAAGAGCGAUAUCAUCUUUGUCUGCGUCAAACCUAACCUUGUUCCACUCGUUCUUCGUGAAUGCGCCUCCGUAAUUGGGAACAAGCUUGUCAUUUCCAUCGCUGCAGGAGUCACUAUCGAUAGUAUAGAAGGGUGUCUCACCCCAGGAGCUCGUGUUAUUCGUGUGAUGCCAAAUAUGCCCUGCUUGGUUCAACAAGGAGCCGCCAUUUUUACUCGUGGUCAUAAUGCUACUGACGCCGAUGUCAAAGUAGCAAAGCUCCUCUUGACUGUAAUAAUGCCCGUUGCUGAAGAGAUUCCAGAGUAUCAAAUGAAUAUUGGUACUGCUCUUUCUGGUUGUGGUCCAGCUUAUGUUUGUAUGAUGAUUGAGGGCUUGGCCGAUGGCGCUGUUCGAAUGGGCAUGUCUCGUGAUAUGGCUCAUCGGCUGGCUGUUCAAACUGUUCUUGGUACAGCUAUGCUUAUUCGUGAUAACAAUGUGCACCCGGCUGUUCUUAGAGAUCAGAUCUGUUCCCCUGGUGGAAGCACAAUUGCUGGAACCUUCGCUUUGGAGAAGGCAGGAGUUCGUGCUGCAUUCAAUGAGUGCAUUGAAGCUGCCAAGAUCCGUAAUGAUGAGCUUGGUGCUCCAAAGAAGUAA